UUCCGGUUCCGUUAUAAACACGUGUGAUUUUGACACUGUGAUUGUUUCAUCAACCUAACUUUUGUAUCACGAUUUAAAUCAAAAUGACAACCGUAAACGAAGCACAGAUGAAGCUGUUCACUGAUCUAGAAAUUGAAAUGACAGCAGAUAUGUACAAUAAAAUGACAGCCUGUUGUUUACAGAAGUGUAUACCUCCAAAGUACAAGGAGGCUGAACUAUCAAAAGGAGAGGCUGUGUGCUUAGACAGAUGUGUUGCCAAGUACAUGGAAAUCCAUGACAGAAUAGGCAAAAAAUUAACACAACUAUCAACGGAGGAUGAAGCCAGAGUAAAACAGAUGCAAGCACAUUUACAGCAAUCCUAAAAACCUUUAUUUUUGAGGUUUCUGAAUGUUAAAUAUUGUAUCAUUUCAUGUAUGGUAUUCAUUUUAUUAUUAUAGCAGUGUAAUUAUGAUUUGUAAUGUUGUGUGUUUUAAUGAAACUUAUUUGUACAAACCUGUCAAACAUGUACUUUUUUUAUAUUUGGUCUUACUUCAAUAGAUAAAACCAUUUUAAAUCCUCUCACAUCACCUCUUAACUUGAGACUGAUAGAACUACCUCAAAACUGUAUUCCAGUGCUCUUGACUGUAAUACAUAAUAACUAUACUGUCAUAUAAAACAAACACUAACAUACAGUGCCUGACUAUGGAGGUAAUUGUGUUAAAAAAUCCAGACCCAUUAAAGGGGCAUGUUCACGAUUUUGGUCAAAAAUUAUUUUUCCGAAUUUAAUGUUUACAAUGCUUCAGUAAGGCAUUUUUAAAAGACAAUCAAAAUUUGAGAAUCUUUUGUUGAUUUAUAAGCGAGUUGUUUAGUUUACAAUUCUUUGUUAUGCAAACAAAACUCUUGUUUACAUUUUGAAUGUUGAAGUGAAAAUUUGAGUUUUAGACACAAAAUGAAUGUGUUAAAACUUAAAGGGACUUGGACACAAUUUGACCUCAAAAUUUAAAAUUUUAUUUUUCCAUUUUUAAUGUUUAGAAUGGUUAUUAUGGGUAUUUUUAAUGCUUUUUCAAAACUUGGAAGUCCGAUGUUGAGUUAUAAGCAAGAUACAGAGUUUGGAAUUCUUUUUUUUUGUAAACAAAGCUUGAGCCUUGUUAUUGUUUACAUAUGUGUUGGUAUAAGUUUCAAUUAAAUGUUGCUUUCUUCUAUUGAUAAUAUAUUUUAUAAAUACAUUGAACAAGUUUGCCUUGUUUUUUACGAGUCAUAUUGUCAAAGAAAUGGUAAAUCCAUACUUUACAUCAUUAGUAAACAAAUAUAAAACUCGAGCUUUGUUUACAUAACAAUGAAUUCUUACCUCUGUAUCUCUCUUAUAACUUAAAUUAUAACAUUCAAAUUUUGGUCAAUCAUUCAAAAUGUGUAAGUAAUACAUUUUAUAUUUAAAAAUAAGAAAUAAAACUAGUAGACUAAUUGUUCUCGAACAAUUAGAGGUCUUUCCA